UCUUCACAAGAGCGUCUCCUCAAUACACGUCUGUCAAGCCUCGAGACUUGGCAUCAGUCUCUGCAAGAUCACAUCAAGGGGGCAGGUUGUUAGCCUUAAAAAAUACUGAUUGGCUACCGCGCUGAGAUUGGGGGUAAAAAAAGGAAAAAACGAAUAGUGAUGCUGUGGCUGUGGGAACUAGCAUAGCUUAGUGGUUGCUGGAGUUCUAAGGCUUCACUGGCUUUAAGCUGUUCCAUCUUUCUGGAAACAGCAGCUGCUUGCAUUUGCAGUUUCAUGGAUGUCAACCAAGCAAGAUAAACGAGCAGGAAGAUGAAGACUGUUUUGCCUGCCUUAUCAUUAAAUGGCAAAAGAGAUGAGACUUUGAAAACACGUUAUACUUGACAAUAUCGUGCAACCACGGUGAAAAACGUUGUUUAAAAAAAACCUUUGGUAUGAAACGCAGCUGAUAAUAGGCUAUGCUGCAGUUCAUCUCUGCACUCAUAAUCGUUUCGUCGGAAAUGGGAGCAAUGUUCAAAUAUUCGCAGGUGGUAUUUAAAUUUUAUCCUAUCGUCUCCUCGUUUACCUGUGCUUGCACCUAUACUCUCAAAUUCGAAAUCUAAUGAAUCCCUUUGGAUACCCAGCAUGUCUUCAAGGAAGAUUUCAUCGGAAUCAUUUAGCUCAAUGGGAUCUGACUAUCUCGAGAGCCCCGACGACGGAGAGUGUCCCUUCUCGCGGGUAUUCUGGAAUGGGAAGAGCCCGGUGGAGUCCCUCUCUUGUCCAUUUGAAGACGUUGGGAUAAAGCGAACGACGAGGCGAAGGCGCGUUAACCUGGACUCGCUCGGGGAGAGCUUGAGGAGGCUCACAUCUCCGACGACUCAGACCAUACAGCUUGCGCUGCAGAGAACCGUGGAGGUAUACAAACAGAGGGAGCUCAGAGACGUGUUCUCCAGAUGUAAUGAAGAUGGGAAAGGUGAGACAGGACUGUCUGAAAGAUGUCCCUACUUGGAUUAUACAGGCUCUGAAGAGGAAGCCGAUAUCUCAGGAAUUCUACAGUACUCUGCCACGCUACUUGGGGUGCAGUUCGAGGAGCUCCGCGAGAGCUUCGGCGAGGAGCUCUUCGGCCUGUGCUUCGAGGAGAACGAGAGGGUCCUGCGGGCGGUGGGCAGCACCCUGCAGGACUUCUUCAACGGCUUCGACGCGCUGCUGGAGCACCUGCGCGCCUCCUGCGGGCGCCGCGCCUCCGCCGAGUCGCCCUCCUUCCUAUGCAAAGACGCCCCCGAGGAGGGCGGCCUGCUCCUGCACUACUUCCACCCCAUGCCCGCGGUCGGCCUGGCCAUGCCCGGCCUCAUCCGCGCCGCCGCCCGCCGGAUCUACCACACCGAGGUGGAGGUGGAGGAGGCCAAGCCCGCCGCGGGGGACGCCGCGCGCACCGGGAACUCCUCUUCCUGCUCCUCCUCCUCCUCUGGCUCCUCCUCCUCCUGCCUCUCGUUUCUCAUCAAGGUGUCCCGCCCCUCCGGCAGCCCCAAGCCCCUCCCCCUCAAGCUCUCCUGCUCGCCGCCGGACCUGCGGAUCGGGCUGAGCACGUUCUGCCGGGCCUUCCCCUUCCACCUGGUCCUGGACCCCGGCAUGGCCAUCCUGCAGCUGGGCGAGGGGCUUCGCAAACAGGCCAAGUGCGAGCCGCACCGGACCCUUAACUUCCGCGACUGCUUCGAAAUCGUCUCCCCCCGCAUUGCCUGCUCCUUCCAGGCCAUCCUCCUUAGACUCUCCACCCCCUUCACAAUACGAACCAGGCCAGACAACACAGGGCUGGACACCAAGGAAAAAGUAAUGGAGAUUAAGGGCCAGAUGAUCCACGUCCCAGAGUCGAACUCCAUCAUGUUCCUGGGCUCCCCGCGUGUGGACAAGCUGGAGGAGCUGAUGGGGCGGGGCCUCCACCUGUCGGACAUCCCCAUCCACGACGCCACGCGCGACGUGAUCCUGGUGGGCGAGCAGGCCAAGGCGCAGGACGGGCUGAAGAAGCGCAUGGACAAGCUGAAGGCCACGCUGGAGCGCACGCACCAGGCCCUGGAGGAGGAGAAGAAGCGCACCGUGGACCUGCUCUACUCCAUCUUCCCCGGCGACGUGGCGCAGCAGCUGUGGCAGGGCGAGGUGGUGCAGGCGCGCAAGUUCGAGGACGUCACCAUGCUCUUCUCCGACAUCGUGGGCUUCACGGCCGUCUGCGCGCAGUGCACGCCCAUGCAGGUCAUCAGCAUGCUCAACGAGCUGUACACGCGCUUCGACUACCAGUGCGGCAUCCUCGACGUCUACAAGAUUGAAACGAUAGGCGACGCCUACUGUGUCGCGUGCGGUUUGCACAGGAAGAGUGACAGCCACGCCAAACCAAUCGCACUCAUGGCCCUGAAGAUGAUGCAGCUCUCGGAGGAGGUGCUUACACCUGAUGGGAAACCAAUCAAGCUUCGGAUUGGGAUCCACUCUGGAUCGGUCUUGGCCGGGGUCGUGGGGGUCAAGAUGCCACGGUACUGCCUCUUUGGGAACAACGUGACCCUGGCCAGCAAGUUUGAGUCUGGGAGCCACCCCCGCCGCAUCAACGUCAGUCCCACCACGCACCAGUUACUGCAGGAUGACCGGGCCUUCAGUUUCAUCCCCCGAUCUCGCCAGGAGCUGCCUGACAACUUUCCCAAGGAGAUCCCAGGAAUCUGCUAUUUCCUGGAGGCGGGAAAAUCCCAAAGCCAUUCCUCCCUGGCCAGCUCCCGGUCCAGCUCCACCGCUCCCAUCCGCAAGGUCUCCUACAGCAUCGGCACCAUGUUCCUCCGGGAGACCAGCUUAUGAGGAGCCCUGCUUCAGAGAGGCUUCAGAGAGGCUCGCCCUGCUGGCAGCGUAACGGACAGCAUUGCAGACAGCGCCGUCGACCGCGAUGACGGGGGCUGUCCAGCCUCUCCCUGCCUCAGCGAGCCGGUGCUGUCAGAGACGCACAGCUGCCGGCAGGUAGUUUGAGCAGUGGGCAAGGGAGAAAGAGCGAACAUGGAGAGGUCACUGGAGAGAGCAACAAUAACAAAAACGAAGCCUUCUGCCCUACAACAUGUCAGACUGUGUCCAAGUACUCCGCAGCGCAGGUGUAAAAUUCUCAGCAUCGCAGGUGUAAAAUAUUAUUUGCAUAAUUUUGUGCCUUCUAACCCUCUACAGCGGGAGUGGCCAGGGGGAUUUUUCAAGCACACCCCCUUGCCUCCAGUCCUGCUUUCAGCAGUCAGGCUGCUUCUCUGUCCAGCUGUCUGUCUGUUUAUUGCCUGCCUCCUUUUACUGACUGGCUCUUCAUCUAUUGUUUUGGGGGUGGAGCUACAGAGGGGAAUUUGAAUGCCAAGAGGUCAGGAUUUUGAAAUGCUCAGCUUUUUUAUUUUUGUUUGUUUCCACGUUUCUUUCAAGCUUGGCUUUUGAUGUCACCCACAAAAACUCAAGAAAGGCUAGUUGUAGUAGGAUCCAGUGGGAAUUAGGCCAGAUCAGAUGGCAAAUUUACCUAUCCUGUGUCACAUCCCAUGUGAAAAAAGAGUAUGCUGAAGUAUGCCUUCCCUGAAGUAUACUAUUUUUUUUCUUAAGAAUACCUGAAGUAUAAUUAAAGUUAAUAUCAGGUAUGCUUAGUAUGCUGUUUUUUCACACAGGAUUGAAUCGAAAACCAAGAACAGUUUGUACCAUUCCUGUUUGCUGUGCCUGAGAUUGAAUAAGCCCUGCCAGUCCUGGUGGAAUUAUAUUACAGCAUUAAAAAAAACAACUGUGCCAUUUGUGUCUAAACAAUAUUAGUGUCUCUCCUGCUUCACCACAGGCCACGAUUCCCACAGCUACUGCUGCUUGCCCCACGGAGAAAUCCCUCUCGAUUUCUGGGACAAAUUCACCCUAGAGAUCCAAUUAAACUGGUCUUUUCCCUUAAUUUUAGCUACAGUAUGCAGUAGCUGUGUGCACUCUGCCAAAUUGCUUUUUGAACUUUGCAGAGAAGGCAGCUCAGUGUGUGAAGCCCAGAAGUCACCCUCCCUUUACAUGGUAAUGAAUGAGACUACGCCAUUUGGUGUUACUGUGUGAGUACCAAUACAUUUUCUGCACUUACCUGAAGUGUCAAUAUCUGUGAGACAGAUACUGAGAGACAAAGUCAUAGAUUUUUUUGUCAAGAUCGAUACUUUUCUAUCCGGAGGUUAUGAGGUGCAGGAAAAAAAAACCCAUAAUUGAAGUUAUUGUUUUUCGACAUAUUUAUUAUUAUAUAUCGUUGAGGUUAAUGUGUCUCUUCCUUUGGGAUUUGAGCUUUAUUUGUUGGCGAUUGGAUUUCUGCAAGAUGGCAGUGAAGGUCAUGUUCAGAAAGCACAAUGCUUUUUCACAUUCUCCCCCACAAAACCCCCGCCUCAAAAUAUCAGACACAUUCAUCCCGUCGAGCGAUACUCAAACCAGAUUACACAACCAGGCUAUUCCUGUCUACAUUAUGUUAUGCAUCAUAAGACUGAAUGUAUUUCACUUUUCUAAUCUAAGCCACUUUUCUCAGUAUCAAGAUUGCAUAUACAUAAAUGAACCAAUUAAUACAUUUUUAUUACUCAUAAUGAAAUAGACUCUCUCUCCCUCUCUCUUUAUCUCUCUCUCUCUCUCUCUCCAGCAAGAAGUAUUCAGAAAUUGAGAAAAUUAGAGCUCAUUAAGUUUAUGGCCCUUACAGCUAAUGUACUGACAGAACAUUUAUCUGGAGUCAUUGCGUAGAAAAUCUAUAUUUUUUUAAAAUCUUAUUUUUACCAGAGGAGCGAUACAAGGACCCCUUGCUGUUCCACAGUUGACAAGAGACACUUGGAAAAACUGAAGUCACUGGUAACAUGAUACACAAAAUCUAAAACCUUUAGUUGGUGUUUCAUUGUUUGUAUCUACAGACAGGAGUUAUGUCUUCAAAAUCACUUCCUGGAUUUGCAAUGAUGUGAUUUUAAAAAAUGCCUUAAUUAUCAAUUAAGUCAAAGCAUAUUAAUGAGGAAUAAGGAGAACAGUAUUGGACAUUAAAAAAAUAUUCAGAUGGAAUUUAAAGCAGAUCACUAUGAAGUGUGCUGGUCUCCCUUAAAGAUAACUGCACUGUUGUGUCAACAACCAGACAUUUCUUAUUACCAAAAUAAAAUGACUACAAAAACAAAAAAGUAAUAGAAACAGUGUUGUGCGCAAAGGGACGUGCUUAUUUCGGUCCAGACCGCGUUUGUGUGCGGGUUAGCGUAGCAUCGCACAGAAGAGGGUGGGGAGUACUUUCGGCUCGAUGUGUGCCCUUCUGACUACCAUGUCUCUCACAUUUUAGACUGUACUCGUUUAUUUAUCUAUAUGUUUCUUACCAAUCAUAAAUAAAUAAUGAUGUCAUAUCUAUGGCAGCAAUACGGAAAAGCUUACUGCUGUGUAGAUCUGUUUCCCUCUGUCAGAGCUGGAGACGUGCUGUAAAAUAACAUUGUACAAUAUGAAAUUUCUAUACCAUCUGAAGUUUUAAGCAAUAAGUGAAGUGAUAAACCAACAAAGAAUAUACCACAUGUAUCCUUUGCUUUCAUUCCCUCCUGUUCCUUGAUGGUAGAUAAUAGGAAAUAAUGUGAAUGUGUGUGUAUGUUGGGGGCAGACCCUCUGAAAAGCAGUAAGCUCAUUUAUUUAGCUACGUAAUGCCUCCUGCUACAGUGUGCAACAUGGCAAAAAGGAAAGGUUUCUGUCAGCAGCAUGUAGCUACUAGCUACAUACUGCAUUCCAAUUCAGGUAGUGAACAGAAAAUGGACGUGCCAAUGUAAAGUCCAGUAAUAGGGUGUUGGGUCGCCAUGUGUGACUAGUUCAGCCUACAUACGAUGUGGAUUAGAGUCUCCUAGCAUCUGGAAUUCUUCUGAAGGAAUACACACAGUUCUUCUAUGAGAAAGUCAGUCAAGGAAUGCUUAAUUAGUGGCAGUGUGUGACCAGGAUAUCUCAGGAUGAACCGUGAAUGCUUGAUUGCAUUUGGCUCUGGUGGCUGAAAAGGCGGUGACGUGGAUAACAGUAGUGUCAUGCUCAUCGUACCAUUGGGCGACUACUCAUGUUCUGUAAAUGCUGGCAUUAUCAUUUUGAAAGAUGCCCCUCUGCAGGCAGGAAAUGCUGUACCGACUGGCGUCAGUUUUGCCUGUUAGGCUGUGAGGGCAACCAAGCCAGGAAAAUGAGCCCCACAACUUUCCACAACCACCAAAACUUGUCACUGUUGGAAUGCUUUUGCCUUUCCCUUUUUUGUUCACUACCUGUACAUUAAACAUUUUAGUGUUCCGCACACAGCCCACUGUGGUUAUAGAGGAUCUGUAGAAAAAGAAAGCAAUCACUUUAACUAUGCUGCAUAUUUGCAAGGAUGUGUCUUUAAUGAUUAAAGCCUGCAUUUAAUCUGAUUACAUUUUUAUUAUCGCUUCAAGUAAAGCUAGUCUCAUAUUAUUUCUGUUGUUGAUAAGCAACAUAAUGAGUUUGUGAUGGCUGAACUUAAUUGAAAGUGUACAAAAAUACAGAUGAAACAAAAAAACAUUUAUGUUUUUAAAUGCAAUCUGCUUUGGCCCUUAACACAUAUUUGAAAUCAUUGCUUAUUAAUUAGUUACUUCUUUUUAUGCAAUUAAUUAUUAUAAUUUACUGAGAAUAAUGUAUAUAUUAAUAUAUUUUAAUAUUAUCUAGUAAAAAUAUAUGAACUGUCACUAAUUAUUUAUAUUUGUAUUACCGCAAUGUGCUUUGCCCUUCAAAAUUAGAUUUAAUCUAGGCCUAAAUGCGGUAUUCAAAACCACUGUCAUUACUUAUCCAAUUCUCAGUAAAUAUAUAUAAGUAAAUAAAUAAUUACCCCUCUGAGACUUGGCACUAUAUUAUGAAAACAUUACCUCUCAAAAUUGGCAAUCCUCCUGAAUAAAACUGAAUAGCAUUUCCCGUAAAGACAACUCUCUGCUUUGUGUGUUACUUCAUGGAGCGUUAUAUAUGACAUCACAACAUCUGCACUUCUGUUAAAGUCACUGGUGACUUCCAGAGCAGCCAUAUGGUAAUGACAUGCCUGUCCUCUAUGAAAUGUUUAGGGGCUUCAUGUGCAGUUGUUGCACCAUCCACUGUAUUGAAUUGUUUUUGAAAUGUACAACGUGUCGGUUAGCGUAACGACAGCCAUCCUCUAAAAUAAUUUAAGAUCACCAUAUAAAAAUCCAUGCCAUUUAAAUUCAUCUUUGCCAUCAAUAGGCGCAGUGUAUGUGGCUUGAAAUGCCAAAAAUACUUCAGCAUUCAAGAAAGCGUGUUAUCCGUGCCCCGGCUGGCCUUCGGUCCUACCUGCAAAUUAAUUUAGACUUCUAGUUUCCUGAGUCGCUGCACCUGUGACCUUUCAGUGUGACCUGCACCCUUAUGAAAAGUGAUAUAAUAUAAUAUAAGGAAUAUUUUUGUCAUGGAUUACUAAUACAGGUAUAGCAUUUAUCUGCACUUUCAAAUAUGCAAUUCCAUGCAUAUUAGUGUGGAAUGUACAAAACAUUUGCAUUACAAUAAAGGUCACAAUAUAUGGAGUGUCUGGAAGUGAUCAUAAUUGAUUUCCCUGUUAUACCAUGUAUAAAAUCAUUUUUGUAUGGAUACAAUGGCCCAUGGGGGGGAUCUUGGUUGCCAUGAACCAGGAAAUAUAACUGUAGGACUCCAGUCAAUCAGUAUUGUUGUUUGGGUAUGUGUGUGAUUGUUUAAAGAACAAAGGUGUCAUUGUUUGCCAAGUCUUAUAAUUUUUUUGUUGUUGGUGGCUCCGAACAUUAUUUUAAAUUUCACAACAGGAGUUCUGAACCAAAAGACUUCAAUGUGUAAAUUGUAAUGUAAUUAAGUACAGCCAUGUAGAAAUACCAUGCCUGUAUGAAAUGUACAAUUUAGAUAUAUUUCAUAUAUUGUAGAGGAAAUAUUAUACAGUAAAUAUUUGUCUGUUGUACUUCUUGGAGGAAAGAUCUCCAGUUUAGCUGAGUAAUUUUCCAAACUGCACACAUUCAUGUUUUUUUCCUUUCUAUUUACCUGUUUCUCAUGUAUUUUUGUCCAAUCAUCUGCAGGAUCUUCUAUCAUCUAAGACAAGUGUGUGAACAGUAUAGCUGUACUCUUAAAAUGGUCAAACAACAGUUUGAACAGACAGAAUAUAGUACUGUACAUUCAUGCAACCAUGUAUGCUUACUAUAUGUAAAUAAAAAUCACCCGAUAUGUUUAAUAAAAUAAAAGGCGUUAAGGUUGAA